AUGAUGUUUGCUCUGCGUUCGGGACUCCGUGCGAUUACGCCGCGCGCCGCUGCGCCAUUGUCAUCGCGUGCGAUGCUGUCGACGUCUGUGCCACGCCUCAUGCCUGUGGCUGACUCGGCUGCUGAGUACACAUGCAUUCAGGUCAGCACACCGAAGGAGGGCGUGCGUCUUGUGACGUUGAACCGGCCCAAGGCGUUGAACGCGCUGAACUCGCAGCUGUUCCAUGAGCUGAAUGACGCGGCUGAGAAGGCUGAUGCUGACGCGAGUAUCGGAGCCAUCGUCGUCACCGGCAGCGAGAAGGCUUUUGCGGCCGGCGCUGACAUUAAGGAGAUGCGCGACAUGAGCUACGGCCAAGCAUACAAGACCAACUUCCUUGGCCAUUGGUCGAAGCUGACUCAGGUUCGCAAGCCCAUUAUCUCUGCUGUGAAUGGAUAUGCGUUGGGCGGAGGCUGUGAGCUAGCGAUGAUGACAGACAUUGUGCUGGCGUCGCCGAGCGCCGUGUUUGGCCAGCCUGAAAUCAAUCUGGGUGUGAUUCCCGGCGCUGGCGGCACGCAGCGCCUGACUCGCGCUAUUGGCAAGAGCCGCACGAUGGAAAUCGUACUGACUGGCCGCAAUAUGACGGCCGAUGAGGCUGAGGCGGCUGGUCUUGUGGCUCGUGUUGUGCGUGAAGGUAGCGUCGUCGACGAGGCUGUGAACGUCGCAAGCAAGAUCGCCAAAAAGAGCCAGAUCGCGGUGCAGGCUGCUAAGGAGGGCGUCAAUGCUGGUACGUAUUCGAGACUGUCACUGACUAUGAUCACCAGCCUACGAACUCACGCUUGCGGAGGGCAUCCGUCUCGAGCGCCGUCUGUUCCAGGCACUCUUCUCGACGCAUGA